CGAAGCAUUAGAUAACGGGGUGCAGAUUCCGUGGCGCAACAUGGUCAAGAGCUCAACGUUUGCCAAUCUCACGUAUGAUACGCUGCGUCGCGAGGGGAAAGCAGUUCUGCGUCAGCUACGCCAGCAGGGAAAAAUAAGCAAAUCAGUACAAAGUGAGCCAGCCAAGCGACGGAUUGAUGAGGUCGAGAAGACAAUUACCGAGCCGGGGCCCAUUGAAGACCACAAACGCGUUAGUGAACUGGAGGCGCUGGUCGCUCAGAAGGACGAGAUCAUCGCUGACAAGAACAGGCAAAUCAAGUCACUCAAGCAGCAGAUUAAGGACCUCAACGCUGUAGCCAGCAAAAACGACGAACAAUGUACUAAAGACGACAAGCAACAGAAACAGGUGGAUGCUCUCCAGCAAUGCAUCAGCGAGCUCAGUGCAAUUAUUGCCAGCAAGGAUGUGCUGCUGGCAGAGGCAAGCGCACAUUAUGAUACACUGAAGGAACGCAUUCGCGAGCUUAUGCCGGAGUAGUCAUCGCAAUUAAGGAAGUACGUGUAUGUGUUUCAAUUGAAGUGGUGAAGC